CGUUCUAAAGUUAAAAACAGACUUUGUUUAUCUUGGAUGCUCCUGACAUGUACUCGAACUAGUUCUGCAUUCGCCCAUAGUUUCUUCGUGAUCUUUUGAGAUUAAUUCUGAGAAGAGUGUACCAUCUAUCUUUAAAGCUUAGCAGACAUCCUGGUGUUUGUUCUGUAUUUGCAACUACAUUUAAUUUACAAUUUUAUUCGAAAUCGACGUUGGCUUUAUCAAGCGCGAUCAAGCUAUCAAACACGAAGCAAGCAACUAGGUGAGGAUAGCAUACGUUAACAAACGGUAAACGGGCAAUUCAAAGAGCGCCAUGGCGACCGAAGUGGAGACAUGGGCCACCGCUCAACAGCACGACGGGGUGUUCGCCUUUGACGGCGACAUGGGAGGGACUGACCAUUUCUAUGGCGAUGAGGACGAGGGCCUGAUCGAGGCGGAGGUGAACGGCAACUGGACCCCGCAGGAGAAGGCGUUGCACAAGGCGCGUCUCGAGGCCAAAGCCAAGAGGCGUCUGCGCAAGUCCUCGUCGCGCAACUCCACCAGCGACUCGUUCUCCGAGUCCCUGUCCGGGGAGCUGGCCGGGGGCGACCCACACAGCCCCAAGGGCAAGGUCAACGCCAACGACCGCAAGUCGCGGGCAGGCAAAGGCAGGGGCCUUCCCAAGAAAGGUGGUGCGGGAGGUAAAGGGGUGUGGGGAGCGGCAGGAAUGGUCUACGAAGACGAGGAGCCUGACGCAAGGGACCCCAACUACGACGAGUCGAAACAGGGAGACACAGUGUAUGCAAAAGUGGUACCAGUACUGGACGAGAAGGAGCUGGAGAAGACCGUCAACCCAAUCGUCCAGGAGUACUUUGAACACGGAGACACAAAAGAGGUCCAGAUGCUGCUGAAAGGACUGAACCUGGGCCACAACAAGUAUGAGUUCUCUUCCCUGGCCGUGUCUCUGUCUCUGGAGGGCAAGGCCAGCCACCGGGAGCUCACCUCCAGGCUGCUGUCCGACCUGACGGGUAAAGUGCUGUCCCAGGGGGACAUGGCCCGGGCCUUCGACAAGACGCUCCGCGAACUACCGGACCUCAUCCUGGACACCCCUGAAGCCCCACAGAUGCUGGGCCAGUUUAUCGCCAGAGCCAUAGCCGACCACGCCCUCCCCAUGGCGUUCCUGGACCGCUACAAGGGAAAGGUGGACUGUGACUACGCCAGGGCAGCGCUUGACCGUGCGGCCGUGCUCCUCUCCAUGAAGAGGGAGAUGGUGCGGCUCGACAACGUGUGGGGUGUGGGCGGAGGCCUCAGACCUGUCAAACACCUCGUCAAAGAGAUGAACCUGCUGUUGAAGGAAUACCUGGUGUCAGGAGAAGUGUCUGAGGCAGAGCACUGUCUGAGAGACCUCGAAGUUCCUCACUUCCACCACGAACUGGUCUAUGAGGCAGUGGUCAUGGUGCUGGAGUCCAAAGGGGACAAGGCCAUCCAGAUGAUGGUGAAGCUCCUCCAGUCCUUCUGGAAGUCAGGACUUAUUACUCUAGACCAGAUGAACCGGGGUUUCCAGCGUGUGUAUGAUGAGCUUCCAGAGAUCAACCUGGACGUCCCCCAUGCCCAUGGCAUCAUGGAGGCUCUGGUGGAUCUGAGUUACCAGGAAUCAGUCAUCACUAAACAGCUAAGAGACGCAUGUCCCUCCAGGGGGCGCAAGCGGUUUGUGAGCGAGGGAGACGGUGGACUGAUCAAGCAAUAGUGUGGAGGAGGAGGGGAGGCUACGGUGUGUCCAUCGCCCUCCCCUCUGCAGCCCUCCCCUCUGCAGCCCUCCCCUCUGCAGCCCUCCCCUCUGCAGCCCUCCCCUCUGCAGCCCUCCCCUCUGCAGCCCUCCCCUCUGCAGCCCUCCCCUCUGCCCCACGCAGCAACCCUGAGGCUGGUCUGCCUGGCAGGCUGACUCCCCUGCUCUACCCCCGACCCUCCGUCAUCAACACCUACACACACACUCACACAGCACCACACACACCGACGUUGACAUCGGGUGGAGGAGGAUCGAAGUGAGAGGCCCUGGCGUUCACCUACUCUAUUUUCAUUUUUUUUGUAUUAGGUCUUUUUUGUGAGAAUGUUUUCUUUCUGGGAUUGCCAUGCGUUCUCCUGCCUCAUUCUUCAGUUUGCCCCAUGAUGUCUGGAUUGGUCCUCCUGGUCAAGGCGUCUGAAGAAUGGGGGAAGGUGGGGGGAUUUUACAAUUAACAUGGAGUUUGGGUCAAUUGGAGUCUGAGGCUCAUGUCUGGUGAUGGGCAUGAGGGGUUAUGUGGUUUCAGUUGCUUUGCCAAACUGGUGUUUCGGUAAUUACAUUGUUUGCUUUGCAUGUGUAAUGCUCAAGAAAAACAACAUGCAAAACACUAGGAGAUCACAGCCUGCAACCUUUCCAACAAGCGCUUAGUUAUCGAAUGCUCUUUGGGAACGCUAUGGACCUCAGCUUUUAUUUUUUUUGACCAAAGCUUUAUUUGUAAGACAGUUCUCAGAAGUGUUCAAAUUGAUUCAACCAAUUGUUCCUGUUCUGUAUUUCUUUGUCAGCCCAAUGUCCUGGCUUAUUUUGGUUAGACAGGGCAUAGUUCACUGUUCAGAUCAAAGCUGUGGUCAAAACAAAAGCCUGUUUGUACCUAGUUGGUUAUCCAAGGGCCCACCUUCUGAGGACAGACUUGGAAGAUCAACGUAGGCCUCAAACACUCAGGAUGGACAAGGCCUUAUGCAUACUUUUCUGGAGGAUUUAGAUUACCCAAACUGGAGUACUUAUCAGGUUUUUGUUGUAUUUGUGCUAGAUUCUUUGACCCACUUCCACAGUGGAAUGUAUACCCCUAUAUCAUAGAGACUUCUUCUUUGUUCCCAGACUAAACCAAACCAGGUGCUGGACUAGAGAAAUAUGAAUGAAGGUUUUCAAUUUUAUGUGGUCUUGAGUCCAGGACUUAAUGUGGUCAAAUCUGGCUCUUGUCUUUUCACUGACCCUGGUGUCUCUGGCUGAGGGUAUGCUCUUUAGUGUUUUAACCUUUUCUAAAUGCUGUUCCUUCCAUCCCUUUGUGCAUGGUUGUAAGCAUGUGUGUCCUAUGAAUCCUAUGAAUGUCAGAUCAGGGAGUCAACCUAGGGGGGAAAAGGAUGUAAGGAUACAUUUUGAGAUGAUUCACACGAGAGCCGGAGUUCUUUGUCUGUUUGCUGACCAAUGUGUAACCUUCGGAAUCACAAUGUGAGGAAUAUGGAAAUGGGGUUUACAUCUUUUCAUUGAAUUAAAAACAAGCUAGCAUCAACAAAA